AUGCCUGGCGUACAACAUCUUAUCGACUUCGUGCUGAACGAAGUCGCACUCUGCGGCAAUCAAGGCGCAACGUUAUCUGAUCUACUCCAAGCUAUUGAUGAUUUUCAUGCUCAAUCUCCCGACAUAAACCAAAAUAUUGAUCAUCGUUUCAAAUCCAAAAUCUGGUCCUGGCUCACGACUAACCCAGAGGUGUCUAUUGGCCAGCACAAUGAAUGGAACCAUCUCACCUUGAGUGAAGCCGAGCAGCUUGACUCAGGAAAAACGGAGCGCAAUGAUCAAAUCGCGGAUGAAACCCCUGAUUUACCGCCGCUUCGAAUCUUUGUCUCAGAAGAGAGAACCUGGGUUGCCAUCACUGGCCACCCACCAGAUGAGUCCAAGGUACUACCUCUUGAAUUCGUCCUACUGUCGGUGAUUGCUUCACGCCGAUCAAAGGGUAUUGUGCAGCCGGAGCUGGUGAAGCUCAGUGGCCAGGACAAACGGUCUGUUCCGAAGCGUACCGAUGCUUUGCAGAGAAAGGGCUAUAUCGAUAAGCGACCCGUUCAAACAAAAACAGCCCGAACCAGCCUCUGCACGCUGCAGCGGUUUUAUCGCCACCCCACUAGUGACGAAACAAAGGAAGAACCGCAGUCGAAGAACAUGAUUGAUUUCGGCAGCUUCAACACCAGUCUGUUCGACAUUCUCCGAGAGCACCAACUGAUUGCUCGAAAUGAUUUGAAACAACUCCUGGGAUUUGAUGACCAUUGGCGUUGGAAAGUCUUGUCCCGUGCCCUCCGUAAGUGGGAGCGGAUAGGUGUGGUCCAACGUGUGAGAGCCGAAUCACAAUACGAAAGAAUGCAUCCUUGUGUGAAGCUUUUACGAGAUCCCUCAGAGCAAGAUCUGGCCCUUUUCCAUGAAUUUAAUUUUGAGGUCUUGAAUAAGCAUGGGGUGCGAACCAAAGGAACCUCCAGACUUACCCCAGACCGGGACCAUGCCAUGGAGACGGAGGCCCCAAGCAAAAGAUCGCCUAGCCCGGAGGACGGUAGGAUGGAUCUGAUCAAAGAACAUGUUGGAGAGUCUGCACGCAUCGUACCAUGUUGGACGCCGGACCGUACUCUCAACAACCAAAUCUUUGAUAUCAUUCAAAGAACAGGCACAACAGGCAUCACGAACCAGACCCUCAAUUGGACCUGCUUUGGGUCCUUUUACAAGAGACCUGCUGAAAGUAUGGUACAUAAAUUGGUCGACCUGUGGCAAGUGGCCCAGCCACUUCACCUCCGCCAUUACGCCAUCGUUCGAGAUAUGGCAAUGAAAAAGACCAUUAUGUUUUAUGUCCACUAUUCGGCAAACAAUUUCGCAAAUCUUGUUGAAGCUGGCCAGGCAUCAUGGGAGGCCGUUGAGCUUCCAGCCAAGAAAGCCAAAUCACUAAAGAUCGUGGCACCGCCAUUUGGUGUUCUUCCUCAGCUUGAUGAGCAUGGAUUCCUCAAAAAGGAAUUCCCAAAGAAUAUGUUGAAGGACCCAAAUUCAACUCUACUCGACGGGAUCCUGGCUGUCAAACCGCCCAACUAUCUUCUUUCUUCGAGCGAUCCGUUUGUUGUUGAACUUCCAAACGGUCAACAUGUGAUCCGUACACGUACCGAUAAACUCCCACCUGGCUCCAAGCAGCAGUAUGAGCCCCGUUUCAAACCCAAGGGACGGCCGAAAGGCACAUUGAACCGCGCGACUCUGGAAAAGCGAGCCAGAGCAUCCAAAGCCAAAGAGCCCAAAGCCACAGAAUCUGGAGCUAGAGAACCAGAAGCUAGCGAAUCAGAAGCCAGAGAAUCUCAAGCCAUGGAAUCCCAAAUUGAGCCCAAGGCGGAGGCAAUCCAAGGUUAUGGCUGGGAAUAUGUCGAGGAAUCCCCGCAAGCCAAAAGAGCCAAGAUUAAGCAUGACAGCCUUAAGGGAUUAUCAAAGCAAGAGAAGUUUGAAGCACUUGGCAUGGAUGAGAGUUGGACUGAAUACAAAGCUCUGGUCAUGGAUAAGCCUGCUCCUGGUGUAUACGUGACUCCUCACGGCCGAAGAAGACCAGCCGGCAAGGCCCGAGGUCGCCCGAGACAGAGUCGAAUUGCGAUCUUCAAAUCACCAAAAUUAACAUCCAUACCUUGGUUUGUCAAGGACAAAGAUGAGACAAGUGAGGAUGACAAGGUAUUGGAUGCUGCUAGCACCGCUCGGGCUUCCGAGAGCCUUGCCCCGGAAACUGCACCUUCAGUUGUCAACUCCGAGGGGCCCGUCAUGACCCCCACCCCGACAGCUUCAAGGCGAGCCAAGAGAACUCUACCUGACCAGUCAGUGGACUCACCCACACCAUCAUUGGACUUCAAGGCCAAUGAGCAGAAAAUCGGGAGACCUCCCAAACGAUCUCGACUUCAAAAGGCCCAAAAUGAUCCCUCGAAAGAUGCCAACGAGAAAUUACCCGAGGCUAUAGUUCCAGCACCACAAGAGGGCUCAAUCACAGCGAGUACACCACGCCAUCGCGACAAGAGUGCCAGCGUUCAUUUACUCGAAGAAGAACAAGCUGGGACCCCAUCAAAGCGACGCCGCGUAGCAUCCUCCGACCGCAGCACUCUACAAUCCCCGACACCCCGUCCAACUGAUGUUCCGGCACCACGAUUGGGCCCGCUGGCCCCCCAGAGAUUCAAUUUUAGCACUAAGCCUGUGAAAAAGCCGCGUGUUCGGAACAGAAUCAAUCUCAGAACCUUGCGGAUUCCAGAUGAGGAAGAACCAGGAUCCCCUAAACCUGUGAUUGGGAGGGGCGGGUCUAUCAGCGUUCUUCGGAGAAAGCUCAUCAUGGAAAUCAUGGAAAAAGCUGAUGGUGUAUACCCAGCGGGCACCGCAAUGUGGUAUCCUUUUGUCACUGCGUGGAUGAAGUUCCAUCCCAAGGAAAAGCCGGACAUGCGAACUAUCAAUACUGCCUGCAAGCAAUUGAUUGAUGCCGGCCAGCUUCGGCAGCUGACUUUCAGCGGCCGAGACACGAGAAAAGUGAUGGUGACAAGGACGUUGUUGUUGAAGCCUGAUAUGUCACCAGACGAUCCUUUGGUGAAGGAGAUGCAGAACAAGAUUCUGGCUACUGAUUUCCACGAGUCGCGGCCCUUCUUUGCGGCCAAUGUUGAGCUGGACCCAAAUUUGACAAGAAAUAGUGGUCGACCACACGGUGCACCUCCCCGCGCACAGAGAUUCUCCUUCCCGGUCGAAGAAGGUACCCAUGUUCACCUGCAACAAAAGCCUAUUUCCAUUGUGAACUUGGAGGCAAGAAGACGGAGACAGGCCCAGGCGAAUUUCAUCAAACGUCUGGAAGCCCAAGCCAAGGCUGCUAAGGCUGCUGAACAAGAGGAUGAACUGCCUGACCUACCUGGAGUUCAGCGACUCAUGACACUUGCACGCCCUCCUGAAUUGGACCUUAAUGCUCAUCCGCACACAUCAAUUAUUCGGCCAUAUGUUCGGACAGGUACACGGGGUCCUGGCAAGCACCAAAAGUCUAUCAUUCCCAAACGGAUGAUGAAACCGAUUUCUGCCAUCGGAGCGUAUGCCAUGUUGAUGAGUCCGAUACAACAAUUUGACCCAAGUACUGGGACGUUCUCCACAGGGUCGUGUUCUAAACGCAAAAGGGGAAGACCAAUAGGGCCAAGACCGUCGGUUUUGAACAUUGAUGAAACUGUCAAUGAAUUGUCUAAACUGGCCCGUGACGAGCCAGACUUGCCGGAAAUGCCCAUGGCUGUCAAAGUCCAGGUUUUACUCUCGAGAUUCAAUCAAAAGACCAAAAAGAUCCUUAAAUGGGAGCUUCAUCAUCCAAUUAUCUUUGAAGUAAACCUCAAAGGCCAACAGUUUAUCAGCCAAACAAUUCAGGAUGCUUUCAAGCCAGUGCAGAUCAGCGGCGAUAUUCAAUUUGAUAUUGACAUGCCCCCUCCGAAACCGCCUCAAGUGGAACCAGAGUUACCAGCACGGCGUAGCGAGGUCCGUCGCCAGCGCCUGUCUCUACCUCAACCUCCCCCUCCACCACCUCCUCCAAAAGUUGAGACACCAAAACCGGCACCAAAACCGAGAAGGACGCGAGCUCCUCGGGGCCCGCGCGCUCCUGUCACGGACCGCCGUCUGGCGAAACUUGAUGAUACUGCAACAGCCGACAAAGAAGCACAGUCAGCGACCCCCAAACGAAUUCGCCGACAGCGCUUCGUACGGCCUAUCUCCGAGGAUCUCAAACAGAAGCUGGUGGUUGCUCUUGUCGUUGUUCGUGUGCUUGCAGGCGGAGCAGAAUCAAGAGUGAUCGAUUGGGCUCUGGUGAAGAAAGCUUUCCCAGACCAUGACUCGGAUUUUAUCGAAGGGCGAGCUCGUCAGAUACUCAACAAGAAUCGCUUGCAGAUUACGAAGAUGCAUCGAGAUUUCCAAGAGUGCUUCCUUGAGGCCUAUGAAAAGGACGAAGUCCCGCGCAUUGACUAUUCUGAUUUGGACCGCUAUGACUGGCCUGCCCUGGUUGAGUGGGCAAGCACUAGGCUCGAUGUUUCUCCGUCCGAACGGGCUCCAGACCUUCCAGCAACACGGGAGCAAUUCGACAGUGUUUUCGAACUACGUGAAGAUGAUCUUACGGCAGGCGACGAAUUGUACCAGGCCGUGCAUGGUGUCACUAUCAACCACAAACGCAACUUGAUGGCUCGCAAUCCAUUUGCUGUACCGGUGGAUGAUGAAACCCGCACCCAAUCGGCUUCACGAAAGGCUGCUGAGGCACAAAUUGAGGCUGCAAAGACUUGGGUUCGGGCAAAUAUCGUCACCGCAGAAGAGACCUAUCGACCCAAUGAGUCGAGCGAUAUCCUGCAACGCUUUGGCGAUAGACUCAUCACCACUGCGACGCAGGCACUCAUCAACGAGCGUGUCCUUAGCUCAACCACCCGUGGUCGCGUCACCCCGGGUCGCAACUACGAUAUCUCGGAAUAUUUCCUGCAGACACUGAGCCGCAAACGUGCCGUCGAAAGCACCCAGCUGCGUCGUGCCGCUCGUUUCAAGACCAAAACGCUAGAUCUUCAAUUCCGGACUACCGGUUCAUUCGACGUCGAGUACGCCGCGGAAGACGGCGAUAUCCUCGCAUUGAUCAAUCUCUACGCUUCUGGUGCUGUUCAAUUGCGACCUCGCGAUCCUCCCCGCGAAAAGUUCGGUCUCACCGAUGGCGGAUAUGAAACUCGGCAGAUGGACAAGAAACGCUUCCGUUUCCCUGUCGAGGUGACUCCCACCGCAUCAUACCGCUCCGGUAAUUCUGUUCACGGGAAAGCUGCAGCCACGAUUCUUCCACCAGCGCCUUCAUCCUCAGGUACGGAACUGCCUGCUAGGAACCCCCUUUGGUACGACAUCAAUGGAGAGUUCGUACAUCCUCUCUGGGAUCUGGUGCUUGGCCCUGUCCUCGGGUGCUUGGUGAUGCGACCCGGUAUUAAGGCCGGUAACAUUUCUAACAUGAUGAAGCCCGCCAUGGGCACAUGGGAGAUUGUCUUGAUGCUGCAAUGGCUGGAGGAAGUUGGCAUUGUCAAGUCAAAUGGCGAAGGAGAGAUGGCUUGCUGGAGAUUACAGGAGUCUUGGUGGAUGAUUCUACCUUGA